AUGUAGAAGACAGUUUGAACUUGAUACUAGUGAAGUUUUUCUUCCUUACAGGCUGCUUGAACACUACUGCAUUGUUCUCCCACUGAGAGACGACAAGUACCUUUUGCCAUCUUUGCUCAGCAAUAAACAACCCUCAAUCAAGAUUCCAAACCCGGGACGUAAUGUGUUCGUGAGCCGCGAGUACAACCUGGCUUAUCUACCCCCCAGUUUCUGGCCGCGCCUUAUUGCAAGAGUCCAGACUUUCGUGGUGGACUUGUAUAUGGACCACAGGGUCCACUUGGAGAGCCCGCGUGAACCACAGGUCCAACAGUGGAAUGAAGGUGUCUUCGUCUACUGGACAGAGCAGGCAUUCUUUGUCAUAUCGCACGGUUUGACCAAUCCCUGUGCGGACACUGUGGUGAUUACAACGCCAAGUACAAAGCAUGGAGCAAGAAUUCUCGCACACGUGGUUGAUCAUUUGGACACGCUGCUGGAGGAAUGGUUUCCAGACUUGUGGGGAGUGGAUCCACAGGAAGGGCUACCUCUUGUCAAGAAGCAGGCUGUUUGUCCUGUGUGCAAGGGAGAAGACACUCAUACUUUCGCCCUUGACACCAUAGCUAGGGCGAGUGACAAUGAAUACAUCAUGUGCCCCAACACGAAACUGCUGGUGUCGCUGCGUCAGAUAGCGCCUGAUGUGGUCCUGGAAGAUGUCGGUGAACAGUUCAAAAUUGAAGAGAGUAAACUGGUGCUGGAUACAACGCGUACCUCACUGCUUGGAGACGGCAGCUAUGGCGCGGUGUACAGGGCUCUCUAUGAUGGAAAGUCUGUUGCCGCCAAGGUGUUUCAUUCCGGAAAUGAGUGCAAUCCUCACACGUCACUUCGACAGGAAGUCAUGUUCCUACGGAAGCUGCGCCAUCUGAGUGUUAUUACCAUGGUGGGCGUUUGUGUGAAGCCGUGGUCUCUUAUAAUGGAGCUGGCUCCACUGGGAUCACUGAGUACGCUCCUAAACAGAGGGCAGGCGCUCAGCAAAGGAAUCCAGCACAGAAUUGCCUUACAGGUUGCAGAAGGCCUCACAUUCUUACACCAUCACAUGAUCGUGUACCGUGAUCUAAAACCCCACAACAUCCUUAUCUUCUCCCUUUCUCUCACAAACUUGAUCAACGCCAAGAUAUCUGAUUACGGCAUCGCUCGGUAUGCCACUCGUUGCGGUCUGACCGCCACUGAAGGUACGCCGGGCUAUCGAGCACCCGAAAUUGCUCGCGGAGACAUCGCCUACAACAUGGAAGUCGAUAUGUAUUCGUUUGGCAUGUUCCUGUACGAGCUCGUGACUGGAGGAACCAAGCCGUUUGAAGACUUGCGUUUCCGCCACGAGCUGGAUGCAGCCGUGUUGAAAGGACGGGCCUUAGAUCCUAUCACGUCAUCAGACUGCCCUCCCUGGCCAGACAUGGCGGAUCUUAUUGCGCAUGCUCUUGAGCCUCAGCCGCAUAGAAGAGCUACCGCUGAACAGGCCUACUCGCGCUUGUGUGACCCCGAGCUGAUCUGUUUGAAGCGUGACAUUGCCGUGUCCAAGGGACAGACAGUAGAGUGCAUGACCGUUCGUCACUUUGAAGAAAAAGACACACCUAAAGUGGAGGUGUGGGUGGGCAGUGGACAGUCGGAUAACUUCAGUGGUCAGGUCACCAUUAUCGACCUGUCAGACAAUGGAGUGGAGGGCUGCACGGGCACAUUUAUCCGAGACAGACGGGUGAAGAGUAUCGUAGCAGUGAAUGACGACACCGUGUUGGCCGGCACGCAGUCUGGGAAAAUCUGGGUUUUUGACGCGUGGAAUCACAAGUGCCAGUUCUCCCUUCCUCAGCUUCCUGACGCGGUUCUCUGUUUGAGGCACUACAAGGAUGGAGCCAAUGACGUGAACGUGGACGUUGUACUGGCAGGACUCGCUAACGGUCAGUUAGCUGUUUAUCACACACACAGUGUCAAGAAAGAAGAUGCUCAACCCAAGUUUUUUGACCUGUGUCACAGCAAGAUCAUUGGAGAUGCCACCUGUGAGGAUUGUCAAGCCCAUCCCUUGGCUUGCACGGCUGUUGGCAGAAAGAGGUUGUUCUGCGGGUGCGGUAACGAAAUAGUCGUUCUCAGAAUAAAGAAGAACUCGGAAAUUGAGAUCGAGCGUCGAUGGUUUGUCGAGGACAGAGCAAAGGGACUUGUUUUGAACAUCGCUGUGGGCUCAACGUUUGUUUGGAUAUCAACUCGUGAUAGUCCGGUGAUCGAGUGCUGGGAUUUCUCCAAAACUAAAUUCCUUGGCUCUGUUGACUGUCUGACAAUUCUCAGGGACAGCGGCUACACUGGUGACUUACGCGAAACACGCGUUGUCAGCCUUCUCCUGUCGCACAAAAUUCUCUGGGUAGGACUGGGCACUGGUCACGUGGUUCUCGUAGAUCCUUCAACACGAAAACACUUGACCCUUAUCCACCGUCACGUGUCCGCAGUGAGGUGUAUGGCAGACACACGGGGUCCUACAUCGCCCAAGUCUACUUCAUUAGUGUUGACCGGGGGUAUGGGGUUCAUCGAGAGGCAUGGUUGCGAGUGGAAGAGGCCUAACUCCGAGUUCGGUUAUACACUUGUGUGGGAGGCAGACUUCAUGGAACAGGCCAAGCAUCUUGACAGCCACAUACGUAGAAGGAGGGAACUGUCAAACACGUUAGGGGAAAUAAAGUACAAUUGAAAACAAGUCCUUCAUGCCCCGCCGUGCAAGUGCAUUUACAAGUCCUCGUUGUCUUGUUUUUUGAUCAUGAUAUUAUAAAACUUAAUAAAGUAAUCAAUAAUAACGAAUUGAUUCGAAAAAUAUGUAGAACUUCAUAUCCUUUGUUGAUAGCACCACUGAGUUUGUUUUGUACUAAUAUAAAAAUGAUUACAAGGUGAGAGCUUUUAUUGAGUGAUUGUUUUUCAGAUUGCUUUUAAAGAACACUAUUGUUAGGCUUUUUCAUGGACAUUUAAGAUGAGAUUUGAUUACUGUGAUGUAAAUGUUACUGGCCAACCUUUUUUAAUUUUAGGAUACGAAGGUGCUGUGUAAAAAAAAUCGUUUUUAGAAUUAGGAAGUUGCACUUGAUCAUCACUGUACCAGUGGUAUCAGAGUUGUGUUUUAAAUGGUUGCUUUAGAGAAUUGAAAAUGAACCAAACUUAUCUGAAUUUUUCUCGGUUAUAAAAUAGAAAAAAAGAAGGAAUGAUUGGCAGAAAUAAUUAUAGCUAAACUUGCGAUGUGUAGUGAAAUUGUGCAACAAAAAGCUACGGGAUCCAUACAAGAUAGAUUACCUUAUUAUUAAAUAGGAAAAAGAAAGGAAUAAUUGAAAUGAUGAAAUCAAUGAAAUAGUUAGAGCUCAACUUGUGUUGUGUAUAUGAAAUUGCAUAGAAAAUAGUAACAAAAAAAACCUACAGGAUCCAUACAAAAUAAUAAAUAUUGUAUAGAUAAAUAGACAUUAAAAGAUAUCUAUAAAUUCAGUUCACGUUGA